GACCAUUUGUUGAAACUAACUAGUUGGAGAGAGUAAGGAGAAUAUGCUGUCGUGCACAAAACAAUUCUUGAGAGAGAUUCUCUCUCUCUCUCCAAAACUCCAAAUCGAUUGGACCAUAGUUGUCCCCAAAUUAGAAAUUUCCUACAACCAAGUCCUUAUAAAUUUGACAAUAAAUCCCAAUAUUUCUGCUAAAGUUUCCACCAAAGCUCAAUUCCCGCGUGACAAGCAUUGGUGAACCCCUCCUACUCCAUACUGAGGCCUAUAUGUCACCUUUGGCAAUCAGCCAAUUCCGGUUGACUGAUUGCCAAAUUUGCCAUAUAAAAUGACUCCCGAGGGUUCACUGAAGCCCAGUAAGGCGUUAAAUGGAGUGCAUGGGGUUCACUUAUUGCCUCACUCACCAUUUACAGUUCAGGAGAUAAAGCAACAUGGUGAGUUGAAUAGGCCAGCUUGUGGAACUUCCAGCGUUAGAUACAGCCAACGGCCAGUACCUAUGAAACUUUGGCAGGAAAGACCGUCUUUCCUAAGGCCCAUGCAUUGCUGUACUAAUGGUGAUAGAAGCCUUGCUGAAAGAGUUGUCAAUGUGCUUACAUCACUUCCAUUUAUUGCACUUGGGAUUCAGGCCCCAAGGAAAAAUCUUAACUGUAAAAUAUACGUCAAUUCCUUAAUUGGAGUAGGAGUUGCAUCAGGUUUGUAUCAUGCUUCAAGAGGGACAUGGAGGAAGUAUCUCAGAUGGGCUGACUACACAAUGAUUGCCACGUCAACAGUGUGUUUAACAAGAGCACUAAGGAAUGAGAACUCAAAGUUGUUGAUGGCCACAUCUGCUCUGUUUCUACCAAUACAGCCUGUGAUGGUGACAACAGUUCACACAGGAUUAAUGGAGGUUGCAUUUGCGAAGCGAGCUGUUGAAGAUCCAGACCUGAAGGUGGCGCAUAAUGUGCAUAAAAUGUCGUCAAUUAUAGGUGGCGCACUUUUUAUUUGUGAAGACUAUUUCCCUGAGACCCCAUAUCUACAUGCUGCUUGGCAUCUCGCUGCUGCAGUUGGAGUUGGCACUUGCAACAAACUCUUGGAGUAGGUACGCGGGUGGGUCCUAAUUUAUCCGCAGAAUUUGCCGAAAAAUCAUUCUGUACAUGCAUCUUGGAAGCCUGUCUAUAGUUGGAAGGAUUUGUCUAUACUAGAAGGAUUUAUCUGUAUCAUUAUUGACUGCAUCAUCAAGCAGUAUGUACUACACUAUGCAGACUUUGCUGCCUUUAGAGUAAGUGCGCAAUUUCGGAAGGUGAAAAUUAAAUGAAAAUCAAUUCUUUAUUCAA